AUGGCUGUUGACUGCGGGCUUUACCCCUCUGCCUUAGCCACCGCAGAGGGCGCCCUAGGAGAUGCCAGUAACAAUUUAGUUAGCGGCUUUUCAGGGCCGAUGGGCGCUGGUGGCGUUCCCGUGUUCAGCCCCAAAAAGUUGCAUAGACGCCUAGGUAACAUGCUCAGUAAGGAUGCCCACGGUGCCGUCUACUCUCUCAGGGGAUGCCCGUACCUUGCUGUGAAAGAAAUCCGGCUUGAUGGUCUGGAUCAACACAGCGUAGAUGCCAUUCGGCGUAGGCUGACCGUUCUUCUAGGCACCCUUCACCCAGACGUUCUCAAAUACCACCAGGUGCUUAUGGAUGACAAUACGAUCCUUGUUGUCACAGACCGCUGCUGCGGGGACCUGAGGCAGUUCAUCACCGACUACAGGGACAUUCACGAACCUAUUCCCAGCAAGCUGGUGCUCUCCCUUCUGGGGCAGCUGGCUGGCGCCCUUGCCCACCUCCACGGGCUCAGCAGAGGUGCCCACAACGGCCUGCCCUCUAGCGUUGUCCUCGAGCCCGACAACAUCAUGUUCGCUGGGGACGGGCGGCGUGUUGUUCUUGCAGACUUCGGGUUCUGCGAGGGCAUAUCGAGCGGAGCUGCGAAGGCUGGCGACCCCGCGUACAUGGCCCCCGAGACACUCCUCUGCGGUGACACGACCGCCGCAUCCGACGUCUGGAGCCUCGGGGCCGUCGCAUACGAGCUCGCCACCCUGAGGAAGCCGGAUUUCUUGGGGGGCAGGGAGCCAGCAGAGGUCUUCGUCGACGGAUGGAGGCCGGACCUGAGCGGUGUCGCAGACGACCUCGCAAGGAGCGUCCUUGAGAGGAUGCUCGUCCUCGAUCCCGCCGAGAGGCCGACUGCCAGAAGGCUCGCCCGUCUACUUCGGAGGCUUGGCAUCUCUGCUGAUGAACAAGAGGCCCAAGAUACAAGGUUAAAGGAGGUGCGCGCAGCCUUUGUAGAAGCCUUGAAUAGAGCCAACAACGAAACAGUAGCUCUUAGGAAGGACCCUCCUGAUCGAGCUGCAAGAAUGGACAUCAUUAGGGAGCAGUGUGCUAUUGCCGCCAAGCUAUUCAGGGAAAUACAGGAGAUUAAGACAGAGAUGGGCGAAACAGACGAGACAGACGAAAUGGAGGAGUCAGACGAAUCAGACGAGUCAGAAGAGCCAGAGAAGCACCUAAUAGAGGAGGACGACUCCACCGACCUCAUGAAGGCAGUCGAUAGAAACGACGUGGAGGCUGUGAAGGCCCUCAUACCGCUCCAGGGGGGCAUGAAGAUGAAGGGAUGCGCACUUGUAGGUGACUGGAAGAUAUACGAGGGAACUGCUCUGAUAAGGGCGGCGGUAUAUGGAUACACAGAGAUUGUGGAGCUGCUCGCGGAGAAAGAGAAGGGACUGAAAGAUAGCAACGGAUGGACCGCCCUCAUGUAUACUGCAAGGACUGGCCGCGCAGACUGUCUUAAGCUCCUGCUAGAGAAGGAAAGCGGCAUGAAGAGCGAUAAGGGGUGGACGGCCCUCAUGGCUGCAGCAAGUGCUGGCCAUUCAGAGUGUGCCAAAUUGCUCUUGAAAAACGAGGUUGGCAUGCAAGAUAACGAUGGGGAAACCGCCCUUAUGGCUGCAGCGGGGAAAGGCCACAGAAGCUGUGUCGAAUUGCUUCUGAGGCAGGAAGGCGGUAUACAGGAUAACAGCAAAUGGACCGCCCUUAUGAUUGCUGCAGAACGUGGCGAAGCUGGCUGUGUUGAGCUACUCGUAGAAAAGGAGAGUUGUGCGCAAUCGAGGGAUGGAUGGACGGCCCUCAUGUGGGCUGCGCAGAAUGGCCACGCAAGCUGUGUCAGAUUACUUGUGGAGAAAGAGGGCGGUAUGCAAAAUAACGAUGGAUGGCCCGCUCUCACAGUCGCUGCACAGAGCGGCUACGUAGAGUGUGCGAGGCUCCUUGUGAGGGAGAAGAAUAUUAGAGAUAAUAUGGACGAAACUGCCCUUGACAUGGCCAAGCUAUGGAGGCGCCAUGAGAUAAUUGCCCUCCUCUCAGAGUAA